ACCUUCUUCGCACUCCAUACGACUCUGACGUGAAACCUACCUUGAUAAAAACCACGCCUACUUUAAAAGUAUGUCCGUUUUGAUUGGAGGAUAAAUAAAUGUGAGAAACAAUAUAUAUGGAUAUCUGGAAUCUGUUUGGCUACUGGACACUGGAUUUAUAUUAUAUAAUUGUGCAAAAUGUAAGCCAUUUUUGUUCGGCAUACAUACAAAUAUGCGAUGUCUAGUUGGCCAAGGUGCGACAAUACAAAACAAUUCGAAAGUGCUUUCUGAUUGGACCUAUACUUUUAUCUCGUUGAUGUUUCCUUUUAAGGCGAUGUGUUUCCUGACGUGAUUCGCUGAAUGAUAUGUCAAUCAUUGGCUCGAACGCCGUACGGAACAGCAACGCAAAAUCCAUCUGCGCGGACUGUUUGUAGUUCUUUGUUGAAUGUUUUCAUCUAGCUAAUUGCUAGCGGGCAGUCCGCGGACUACAUUUUAAGCAUUUCAUCUUUGUUUUGCCUAUGUUCAUAAACAAAUGAAUGGGCGGUAAGGUUCUAUGAUUAUAUUUUAAUUGAUUCAGCAUCAGCACCAUCAUUGCGGAACAGCCUUCCUGGUCAGCUAGAAGAGUCACUUCGUUCGUGUAGGCUCGGAUUUAAACUCAUCGGUACAUGAAAAAUAUCAGAGAGAAUCCCAUUCCUGUGAACCAGUCUGCAGGUCUGGAUCACAUCAAACCAUGUUGGUACUGGGACAAACGGGACCUGGCUCACACCCCGUCCCAGUCAGAGGGACUCGACCCUGCGACAGAGGCCAGGUACCGGAGAGAAGGUGCGCGGUUCAUCUUCGACGUGGGCACCCGGUUAGGACUCCACUAUGACACACUGGCCACUGGCAUAAUUUACUUCCACCGCUUUUACAUGUUCCACUCAUUCAAGCAGUUCCCAAGAUAUGUGACGGGCGGAUGCUGCCUCUUCUUAGCCGGGAAAGUGGAGGAAACUCCCAAAAAGUGCAAAGACAUCAUCAAGACGGCCCGCAGCCUGCUCAACGACAUCCAGUUCGCUCAGUUCGGGGAUGAUCCGAAGGAGGAGGUCAUGGUGCUGGAGCGUAUCCUCCUGCAGACCAUCAAGUUUGAUCUGCAGGUGGAGCACCCCUACCAGUUCCUGUUGCGUUACGCCAAGCAGCUCAAAGGUGAUAAGAACAAGGUACAGAAGCUAGUGCAGAUGGCCUGGACCUUUGUGAACGACAGCCUGUGCACCAUGCUUUCCCUGCAGUGGGAGCCAGAGAUCAUCGCCGUGGCCGUCAUGUACCUGGCCGGACGCCUCUGCAAGUUUGACAUCCAGGAGUGGACGGCCAAGCAGUCGUCCCGCCGCUGGUGGGAACAGUUUGUCCAGGACGUGCCUAUGGAGGUGCUGGAAGACAUCUGCCACCAGAUCCUGGACCUCUACUCCCAGGGCAAGCAGCAGAUGCCCCCGGGUGCCGGCCCAGCGGCGGCCAGCGGCCCGGCCUCGUCCAGCCCCGCUGCCCCCCAGCAGCUCCAGCUCCAGGCGCUGCCUCCACCCCCGGCCCUCCUCCCGCCCUCCCCGGCCCCCCAACCGGCCAAGAAGCCGUCGCCACAGACCAGCCCCCCGAGGCAACUGAAGAGAGCCCAGCCGUCUCCUAAAGAAGAGAGCAAGGCUGCAGAGCUCUCUGCUGCCAAGGUCCCUCGACUGGAGCCCCCCGUGCCUCCGAUGCCCGCUGCCCAGCCGCCCCCAGAACACAAGCCCCCCCCCUCGUACCCGCCACCCAGGGAGCCCGAGCCCCCUCCCUCCCAACCGCCGGACGCCGCCAAGGCCCCGUCGGCCCCGCCCCCGCCGCCCCCUCCCCCCGCCAACCCCGGCUCCGCCCACCAGCCCCCUCCCCCCCUCCCACCCCACCGGCCCCCUCCGCCCCCCAGCCAGGCCUCCCAGGCGGCCUACAUCAUGGGCAUCCCCACCUCCAGCUCCUACAUGUCGGGGGAGGGCUUCCAGAGCCUCCAGUCCCUCAUGACCCCGGAUGGGAGCGCCGGUGGCGGCGGCGGCGGCGGCGGCGGCGGAGGCUACCCUGCCCCCUCCCAGGCCUAUCCCCCACCCCCGCUGGGCUACCACAGCCACGCCUACCCUCCCUCCUCUGCCGGUCCCCCGCCUCCCCCCUCGCAGGCCGGCGCGUCCUACCACGGCCCCCCCCCCAACGCUGCGUACCCACCGCCGCAGAUGCCGCCCCCGCCGUACAGCCACGGCUACGGUAUGCCCCCGCCCCCCCACGGCCACAUGGGCAUGGCCCACGGCAUCCCGGGGUACGGGCAGGGGGCCGCACCCCCGCCAGGCAUGCCCCCCGGCAUGCCACCGCCCCCCCCUGGCGGGAUGAGCCGGGGCGCCUGGAUGAGGUGAGCCCCUUGUCCCAGGACCAUGCACACACACACACACACACACACACACACACACACACACACACACACACACACACACACACACACACACACACACACACACACACACACACACACAUGUACACACACGAACACACACACACACACACACACACACACACACACACACACACACACACACACACACACACACACACUUUGUGCCAAGCUUCAAGGCACCAGAUUGUCCUCGCCCCAUUGCUCUCGCUGGUGUUUCACUUUACGUUUUACCUCAACUUUCCAGGUUGUUUUUAUUAUUGCUGCAAUGCAUGAUGGGUUAUCCAGAACAAAAACAAAGUGUAUUCGUUUGUGACUAUCGUUUGGUGUUACGGUUCUGUGUUGCUUUGUGCGGGUAAAGAACCUGGCCAUUGGGUUUGGACCACAUAGCAGGUUUCACAUUAUAUUCAUCGGUCAUAAGUUAUUGUUUUGCGCGUGUUUCCCCAUUGUAGUUUUGAAAGCUAGAUUAUGUACAAUGGCGUUUGUUUUAGAAUGUUUUAUUAGUACACAUGGAAUUACUGUUUUUACUAAAGUUGUAGCUCAAGCACUGUAGACAAUAAAGGUAAUUCAUUUUCCAUUCCGCCAGAAUAUAUUUUUUCGUUAUUUAUUCAGAAUAAUUCAAAUAUGCCAUACCAUUUGCUUAAACUGAAAUACUUUGCCAAAUUAUGUUUGGCCAAGGAUGGGCCACCUUUUUUAUUCCUCCCAGUGAGACUGUAGUACCAUUUGUACUAGGUUUGGUUUUGAAAGAAUAUUGUUUUUGAAAAGAACAUUGUUUACAUGUAUGACUUUCAAAUAUGCUUAUGCCAUUAAAAGCUUUUUUUUUACUUAAA